AUGGAAGCUCUCAUGCGCGUCAUGACCGCCAAGAAGCAGGAGAUAUCGGCCGUCCAAGCAGAGAAGACCAAGAUGCUGAUACAAAACAAAGAGGGAAACAAGUACCUGCGUCGCGCAGAAGUGGAGAAACUAUUGGAACGUGACCAAGUGGAGGUGAUUCAAAAGACUAAAACAAAGCACCAGGACGAGCAAAAAAAGCAGAAAUUGGACCACAAAACACCGACUCAUUCCGAGUAUACUGAAACCAAGACAAAUGACAAUACGCUGCCGGAGGCGCUCUUGGCGUGGCCAGAUUUGCGUCGCCGACUGCGAGAAUUGGGUGAACCUAUUACACUCUUUGGAGAGAGUUUGCUGGACCGGAUGACGCGGCUUCGUCGAGUCGAGAUGGAUGUUGCUACGAAACAUGAUGAUGAACUAGGAGCUGGACAUGAUAUUCGUAAUCGGUUUAUUGGUGGAGAAGAGGGAGAUCACAAGGAAGAGGCUGAUGAUGCUGCCGAAGACGCUGAGGAAUUUGAAGCGUCGGUUGAGACGAGGAGGAAGAGCAAGAGAAGGACACGAGAUGAUCUGGAGAGAGAAGAGGAAGAGGAGGAGAAAGAUACUGAUAAAAUGGUAUAUCGGUUUUUUAAAGGAAUGUUGCAACGAUGGGAGAAUGACUUGGCGAAUCGACCGGACCAUGUCAAACGAACGGCGCAGGGAAAAAUUGCGGUCAAGACCAUGAAACAGUGUAAAGAUUACAUUCGGCCGCUGUUCAAGUUGUGCAAAAAGCGACAGGUGCCAUCGGAUAUUCUACCCAAGUUGGUCGAUAUUGUCAAGUUUUGUCGUCAAGGAGAGUUUGUGAUGGCCAAUGACGCCUACAUCAAGCUUGCAAUCGGGAAUGCAGCGUGGCCGAUUGGAGUUACCAUGGUGGGUAUUCACGAACGUACGGGCCGCGAAAAGAUUAACUCGAACAAACAGGCGCAUGUCAUGAACAAUGAGUCCCAGCGCAAGUACCUUACGUCUGUAAAGCGGUUGAUGUCGUAUGCUCAGUCCGUCUCGAACGUGCCGCCAUCGAAGCGCGUGUUGUAG